AUGGAAUUCAUCAAAGAAGUAGCAUAUCUUCAUGAUAUCGGUAUUUUUCUUGUUGAUUCUCCACAAUUUGGAUGUAAUGGAAAAGAGCCAUAUAUCAAACAUGGAAUAUUAGGUGCAAAUAUCCUAAGAGAACUUGGAUUAGAGUAUCAUGCACGUGUUGCUGAAAGACAUACUGGAUCUGGAAUUGAUCCAACCCAAAUUGUUGAACAACAUCUCCCAUUACCUACAGAUAGAAUAUUAUUACCUAACACAAUAGAAGAGAAACUAUUAUGUUAUGCUGAUAAGUUCUUCUCAAAAUCACAUUUAGAAGAUACACUAACACAUCAAAUGAUUAGAGAAAAACUUCAAAAACAUGGGAAUGAUGUGAUUCAACGAUUAGAUGAUUUGUUUAAAAUGUUUGAUUAA